CAGCCUGAAGUUGUGAGAAUAAAAAUAGCACUGGGCGAUGGUGAACCGAAUGUUGAGUUACGUUACAAGAAAGGAACAGAUCCAUACGAAGCUGCGCAGCAGUUCAUUUUGAACAACAAACUGCCUUUAUCGUAUCUGGACGAGAUUGCUCAGUACAUUAUCGAGAAUAUACCAGAAGCACGACAAGCAGUGAAUAAGAAAUCUGCUGCUGCUGCUGCGCCACCAGGAAAAGCGCUCGUAGACGGAGAGAAAUGUGAUCGUGUUUUCGAAGUAACACUGAAAGAUGGCCGAGUGUUGGAGUUGCCGUACAAUAAAGGUGAAGAUGUAAAUUGGGCUGUACAACGUUUCGUCGAACGACACAAUCUUCCGAUGGGGACAUGGGCUAGCAAAUGUGAUCGUGUUUUCGAAGUAACACUGAAAGAUGGCCGAGUGUUGGAGUUGCCGUACAAUAAAGGUGAAGAUGUAAAUUGGGCUGUACAACGUUUCGUCGAACGACACAAUCUUCCGAUGGGGACAUGGGCUAGCCUUGUCCGCUUUCUUCAAGAGCAGCUCGCUGAAGCUGAGGGCAACUCACACAAUGAUUCUGCGCGCUUUUCCGAUCCAUUUGUAGAAGGCCGAUAUGUGCCGGGUGCCGGAUCAUCAAGCAAAAACACAUCAAACGGGGCAUCAGGAUUUAUAGCCGAUCCUUAUACGGGUGAAAAUGCAUACGUAACAACUGAGCGUACAGUUUUACCCAGUGCCAACGCGCAAUUUGAUAAAAAGAGGCCAAGAAGUGAUCUGGUUCCGCUUGAGAAAUUCUUCCGUCUGGGCAUCGAGCAACCUGCCGUUAAAGCGAUUGCUCGGCUGAAGGAGGAGAAUGAGAAACAGAGUGUGAAUAAGCUAAGUGUCGAGCAG